UUGUGUCAUACUCAAUUAUUAAUGCUUUAUUUAGCAUGACUUCUCCUUAAGUGCUUCUCUAGAUAAAUUACAAAUUGCAACUUUUCUCUAGAAAAAACACAGCUAAGACUCCCCUAAUAUUCACGGAAAAAUGGUUCCUUUGCUGAAAGUGUUUAGUACCUAUUGUUGGAGCUAGAGGCGGAGCCUUUCCUAAACAUAUCCGGUUUAAGUCUUUGUAGACAAGAUAUUUGUGGCCUUUUAAUUUGUACGUGUGUAAAUCAUUUGUAAUAAUUGGAUAAGGGCGAGUUUCAUUUCAUGUUGCCAUGUGCUCGAAAAGAAAAAAAAAAUGGGACAACAUAGCAGCGAAUCCAACCUUUGAAGUGGUAAACAGAGGAAGUCAGAAUCUUUAAACCGGUAAUUAGCAAAAAUCUCGUAAAAUCUUAGAAGGCUUGGGAAUUGGGUGUUACCCUAAAUUCAUCGUGGCACGCGAACUGAAACCCAAAUUAUGAGAUCUCUCCUAAUUAGCUUGGCUGGCGGAGCUCGAUUCGAUGCGUUGCUGAGCCUGGGUAAUCGAUUCCUGCUGGGCGGUGGCGCGGUCGGAGGGAUCUGAACCCUAGCGCCGUCCAGAUCUGGAACCCGCGCCGGCGAGCUGCUCGGCGCCUCGGCGGCAUGAGUGGCUGGAAAGCGGGGGGGAGGAGAAGCAGCGGAGAUAUGAACCGAGACGGCGGCGGCGGCGGCAGCGGCAGCGGGGACGAGUUCGGGCGUGCGGUGGCGCGGGCCGCGGUGGCGCAGGCGCUGGAGGCCGCGGGGUUCGACUGCGCGCACCGCUCCGCGGUGGACGCGGUCGUCGACAUCGUCCUGCGCUAUAUCACCCACCUGGGCCGGUCCGCCGCCUUCCACGCCAACCUCGCCGGCCGCGCGCUCGCCAAUGAGCUCGACGUCAUCCAGGCGCUCGAGGAGGUCGGCGCCGACACGGAUGGUUUCGCGGGCGCGGCGACCACGGGCCACUGCCUCGUCGGCUCCGGCGUCGUCAAGGACCUCUUGGCGUUUGUCUAUUCCAAGGACGAGGUGCCAUUCGCGCGGCCGCUGCCUAGGUUCCCCAUCCAGCGCGCGGAGCCGCAGCCUUCUGCCAGCUUCGCCGUGACGGGGAGGGAGACUGGGAUGAGGCACGUGCCGGAGUGGCUGCCCGCGUUCCCAGAUCCGCACACCUAUGUGAGGACGGAGGUGUGGGUUGAGCCGCCGGCGACCAAGGACAGGGUUGACAAGGUGGAGCAGGUGCGGCAACGAAGGAAAGCUGAGAAGUCCCUGCUCAGCCUGCAGCGAAGGCUGGCCAUGGCAGGUGCGGAUGGGUUUCGUCCAGCUGUUGCAGUGGCACAGGAUAGUGCAGAGAAGGGGAAGGAGAUACAGGCAGCUGGGACGAAGAGAAAUCCAUUUCUUGAGCCAGCAUUGUUGCCUGGAGAGAAGGAUGUAUCCGAGGUUGAUCUGCCUCCUGAAAAGAAGAAACUCUCUGUCCUUGAGGCAUUUGCGCCAGCUAUUCAAGUUAGAACCAUCAGGGAGAUUGAUGCUGGGGCAGGGUUGGAUCAAAAUCAAAGGAGCAUUGUUCCAAAAGAGAGGGCUCCAGUGCAUCUUAAGAUUGGAUUUAGUAAGAAGCCAUUAGAAGCAGCUCUGAAUUCAAGAGCCCUGGACCUGAGGGAAGACCCUUCCUUCUUGAAAGAGGAAGCAAAGGAUGAUAAGAAGCGGAGAGCGGGCAUGAUAUUAAGGGCAUCAAUGGAGAACCCACAAGAACUUCCUCAGCUCUAAAGUUGUUUGUGGAGGUAGUGCAGUUCCAAGAGCGGAGUCACAUCAUGGUGUCAUCUUAGAACUUCAGUUUCCAGAAUCUUGAGGACAAUGAUACAGAGCUCAACAAAACAUCUAUGCAUCUACCUGUUAGCUGUAGCCAUUUUGACUAGUCUUGUAUGGUAAAAAUUAUGGCCAUGUGUCCGUGAUACGACCUUCCUCAGAAGCUUAACCUGCACCCAUCCCCAGACUGCACCUACCAUUUUACUUGAAUCACCAGGCGCUGAUAAUUCUGCAGAGCUGUAACUGAAGUUCCACUAUUUCACUGCAUUGAACUUGCUUCUGCUGGUAUUUCACCUUUAGCUGUAAGUGGGUUGGUUCAAAGGGAGCUGAUUUGUGAGGCUGUGGUUGUUCUCCCCACUCCCCAGACUGGCAUCAAAAGAAUGAUGCUCCCGAGUCACUUUCUGUAGCUGUAUUCCCUGGUAGAAUUGGGGAGAGAUGUUUGUACAAAAGCUAACCUGAUUCUUCUGACCAAGACUUGCCACACAGGGUUGAUGUACUUAGUGGGUUACUCUCAAGAGCCAGCUUCUAUAUGCAGUAUGUUGGCCUAAUAGUGCAGUAUGGCUCCCCCACACCACUGCUGUGUUUAGGACAAAAAAAACUUUCCAGAUACCUGAUGAAGGAUUGAUUCUAGUUGGUGAGUUGAUGUAGUGCUUCAUAGUUGGAAACUGGGACUGUAACAACAGUGUACCAUAUGAUUCUUUCGCCCUUUUUCUUAGUCUAACCUGAGCAUCCUUGUUUGAACUUGCAAAGAUUUUAGAAGGAAGCAUGUUGAAAUGUGUCUAGAGCUUGUACAUUUGUCUGGCUGUUUGUGUGAACUGUGAAGAUCUUGAGAGGUAGCAUGCUGGUACGUGUGUAUGGAGCUUGUGCAUUUCCGUGGAUGUUUGUGUGAAGACCUUGAAUGGCAGCGUGCUGAUGUGUUUC